CCAGAAAGUUAUUCAAUAUGGAAUCCUUGAUAGCUUUGGAAAGAGAGGCACAGAAACAUCAGCAUGAUGUAGAAAAAGUCAUCGCCAGUGGAGCGUCAAUCGUGGAAAGGUUCUAUGCUGGUUCCAACAUAUUUCUCACUGGAGGCUCGGGUUUUAUCGGAAAACACUUAAUUGAGAAGCUUUUUAGGUGUUGUAAUGUAAAUAAAAUUUAUUUAUUAUUACGAUCAAAAAAAGGAAAAAAUGUACAGCAACGAAUUGAUCAAAUUCUUAAAGACCCUGUUUUUGAUAGUUUACACAAACAUAAACCAGAUUUUGUGUUGAACAUAAUACCAAUUGAGGGAGACAUGAAUAAUGCGGAGCUCGGCAUUAGAGACCUCGAUCGGAAUAUAAUUACCGAGCAGGUUAAUAUUAUAUUCCAUGCAGCUGCAAACGUAAAUUUUAACGAGAAUGUAAAGAGCGCAACGCUGAUCAACGUUCGAGGAAUCAGGGAGAUAGUUCGCCUAGCUAAAUGUUGCAAACAACUAAGAUCUAUAGUUCACGUAUCGACGGCGUACACUCACGCCACCAAAAGUCGAGUGAGACAGGCUAUUAAGGAACAGUUUUACGAAUGCCCUGUACCACCAAAAGCUAUUAUAGAGAUGGCUGAAACUAUUGAACAAAAUAAAUUGGAAAUUAUGAUGCAACCAUUAAAGGAAGACUAUGCGAAUACAUAUACAUUCACUAAAGCAGUGGCAGAAGAAGUCGUAAGGACUGAAGCACAAGGCUUGCCUAUUUGUAUUGUUCGACCAUCUGUUGUGAUAAGUUCAUAUCGUGAACCAUUGCCAGGCUGCGUUGAUGCGUGGAAUUUAAACAGCCCCAGUGGCAUUCUGUUAGGAAUUUCUGUAGGAGUAAUUCAUACUCUGAGAUCCAUUAGUGAUAUAGUCUUGAGUAUCGUUCCCGUUGAUAUAGUGAUAAAUGCAAUAUUAGCGGCUGCUUGGGAUAACACAAAACGACCAAAUAAUGAAAAUAUUAAAAUUUUUAAUGUAACUGGCAAUAGAAAUCCGUUACAAUGGGGAUACGCUUCUAACGUCGUUGAACGUUCAAGAGAUCUGGUUUCGUCGCGGGCAAUAUGGUACUGUUUUAUGGUACAAACGCCUUACAAAAUCCUAAACGUAUUACUUUUUUGGCUUUUACAUUUCAUUCCUGCAUUCUUUGUGGAUAUAGCGCUCACAUUAAUAGGAAAACGUCCACUACUGAUAAAAGUAUAUAAAAAGAUAUACAAGUUAGCAUCGGUGUUCGAAUAUUUCCUGAGAAAUGAAUGGAAAUUUCAUGACGAUAACACUCUCAAUCUUUAUUUAAACCUGUCGAAUAUUGAUAGAGAUAUUUUCAACUGUGAUAUGGCAACGAUUGAUAACACAGAAAUGACACGUAUUUGGGCAUACGGCGUUCGGAAAUACAUCAUAAAGGAUUGUAAUGUCAAUAAUGCUGAUCAAGUUGCAAGAAAGCAAUUUUGGUUGAAAAUAUUGACUUAUUUCAUAUUCUUUUUGUAUGUUUAUGCGUUCCAUAAAAUUAUAAUGACUAGCUAUUCGAUAAUAACUAAAUUUGUAUAAAUUCUUUCUGUUUAUAAAUUGAUACUUUUUGAACGUAUAUCGUCGAAAAUAUAUAAAUGUAAGUCUUAAAAAUGUUGCAAGAA